UAGUGUUUCGAGAAGAGAAUUAGUCAGAGAAUUAGGAAGGAAAUCUUAGAACAGGAAACAGCUGAACUGUUCUUCAAUCGUAUACUUAUCAUCAUCGUUUAUAUUAAAAAGAUACGAUGAUUUCGAGAGCAACGGAGAAAAAACAUGCUAAAGAGAAAGUUUCUAGUGGGAUUUAAAGAGAAAGAAAAUAUUAAAAAUAAAAUAAAAUAAAAAACGUGCAACCCUGAUUGUGAAACCCUAAAUUGCUUGCUGCCUUGUUGCCUUUAGAAGAAUAGUCAAGGUUUAGUUGCUACGUGAUAUUGUUGUUGUAUAUUCAUUCGUAUACAUUGCCUUUUAAAGCGGGAACAAUCGAAUUUGUUAAUUGAAUAUGGCGGACUUUGAUGCCAUUUACGAGGAGGAAGAGGAAAAUGAACAAAAUUUGGAAGAGCAUUAUGUGACGAUGGUGCCUGAUCCUAUAAUUAUUCGUGGAGCUGGAAAUAUGACUGUGUUUGGACUUAGCAAUCGUUUCGAAUCCGAGUUUCCCAGUGGCCUGGUAUCCAGAGUAGCGCCGGAAGAAUUCAAGGCAACCGUUAUGAGAAUAAAUAGCGUCUUAAAAAAGACUUUACCAGUUAACGUUAAAUGGUUAUUCUGUGGUUGCGUUUGUUGCUGCUGUACAUUGGGAUGUUCUUUGUGGCCAGUCAUUUGCCUAAGUAAAAGGACACAGCAUUUGCUUAAUAAAUUGUUAGAAUGGGAGAAUGGUAGACUGUAUCAUAAACUCGGGUUACAUUGGCGACUAACUAAACAAAGAUGUGAUAGCUCCUCCAUGAUGGAAUACGUACUUUUAAUCGAAUUUAUUCCCAAAAUACCGAUAUACAGACCAGAUUAAAAUAAUGACUUGUAUAAUUGAUGAAAUAGGAAAUAUAACAGGCACUUAAUUAGCCAGAUAAUGUUAAUUUCCAAUUAUAUUGAAUGGAUAAAAGGCAGAGUAGGUAUUGCCAUAAUGCCAUAGAUGUUUGGUGGAACGCAUAUUUUUGUAAAUAUUAUGCGUAGGAAUACACAGUACAAUAAUAAGAUAGAUAUAUGGGCAAUAGCAGCAGUUAUAGUUCUCAAUUGACGCCAAUGUUGCAUUAUAUGAUAAUACAAUCUACACAAGUUACAUUGAUUGUAGAAAUUCGAAUGGCGUUAAUCGAGGUCGUCCCCGUCUGCGCGUAUGUUAUUACCAUUGAUUUAAGAUACCUUAGAGAGAAAGAUUGAAAUGAACGAUCGAAAUACGAGCCAUUUACACUCUCAUCUUUCAUAAUAAAAUGAAAGAAUCUUCUUGUUGAUAUGUAUUAUUGACGAAUCGAGAAGGGAUAAGAAGGUAUUUUGUCGAAUUUACGACAUUUACGAAGAACAAUGUUUUAACGGAUACUCUUCUGAAAAAAGUACUAUCCGCAAUUUAGCACUAGCAUAGAAAGAAGCACUAUUAUUUCUUAUUUUUCAUUUACUUUUAUCUAUGUACUAAUAUUUAAUAAUACAAUUUAUUGGCUAAUUAGUAUACAUUUGAAUUCUCAGGUAAGAAAUUAAUCUCGAUCAGUACAACGAACAUAUUCAAUUGUAGAAAGUAAUGUAAAAAAGUGAAAAUGACUGUAGGACAAUUUUUGUAUAGUUCGCAAAAUAUAUCACAUAUACGUCAUGUGUUGUAUAUAUUUGUGUAUACGUAUAGAUUUAUUUUAUGUAUAGAUUGAUUUCUUACCACAGUGAUAUUAGAAAUAACGCUAUGUAUAUGUACAGCUCGUGUACAGCUCGUGUACAGCUCGUUUACAGCUCGUUUACAGCUCGUUUACAGCUCGUUUAUAGCUCGUUUACAGCUCGUUUACAGCUUACGAAUUCAUUUUAAAUACAAUUUUAAUCAAAUGUUACAAGCAGAAUUAUUUUAUUAUAAAGAAAUAUUGAAAUAUGCUUUUGCACUUAACUUGCUAUUCCUUACAAUCGCUGCAUAUUGUUGAUUAAUUAUAUAAUCAUGCACGAAAUAGUAACAAUAGACAUUUAUAAUUUAUAAUCGGCGUCGGUGCAAGAAAAAAUAAAUAUUAAUUGUCUCUUCUUCGUAUUACUGUCAUAAUCAUGUUUUGCGUGCAAUUUGUCAUCCUAAAUAAUAUCAAUUAUCUGGAUAGUGGUGUACCCUGCUGUAUGUCAUGUAUUAUAUAUAUAUACAUAUAUAUAUAUAUAUAUAUCUCAGGAUAAUCUUUUUUUUAUUUUACGUUACUAUUACUAGAUAAUUAAAUAACGAUUUAUUGUUCAUUUACUUAUCUAACGACUAUACGAUUCGUUUUGAUUUGUUAGAAACGAUGCAAUUAGAAAUAAUGAUAGAACACAAAGUGAAAUUUGUAAUCGAUACACAUCGUAAUAGAUACCUUUGUUGCUAUUCAGUGGCUGUGAAGAAAAAAAAAAAAA